GGCGAAUCUGAUCUCGAAAAUGAAGAUCCUAAAGACAAUACGGUGGUCAACGAUCGAGAUGCCCUGAACGAAUGCCUAUUGGACAUGCUCACUCUCUGUCCACGUCUCUCGUUGGUAGCUUUCGGUGGUCAUUGUGUAUACCUAUCUCUACUCACCCUGCUGACUAUGUGUCGUCAGCGCGCUCGGCGUCUGAGUGUCCAAGACGAGUGUGCUGACGAAUUCACACUUCUCAUUCAGCGGGACUGUUGUCAAAUGAUCGGUCCGAGGCCAUCUCACGUACCGGCCACUGUCCAGUUAUGGUAUUCCACAGUUUUGGAAGCCGGUAAAGAUCCGGCACGUCGUGCGCUGGCCGCAGAACGAUGCAUCUCAGCUGCUCUGAGCCAACCGCGUUGGCAUUUUCUAUCCGCUGGUGAAUUUGAAAGUCAGGUGUCUGACUUCUUUGUCUGA